GACACCCUUCCGUUACCUUGUUUACUGUCGACUCGAGAUUCCUCCCUUCGCCGGAAUAUUCCUGAUUCGUACGGACUCAUACUUAUACCGUCGAUGAUGGACGGUUCGAUUCCGCAUGAGAACGGCUCCGUUUCAUCUGAUCGCGACGGAUCGGCUCUGAUAUUCCUCGGAACGGGAUGUUCGAGCGCGGUUCCUAACGCAAUGUGCUUGAUCCAGCAAGCCGAUAGCCCAUGCUAUGUUUGCUCGCAGUCUCUUUCGAUCCCUCCGGAGCAAAAUCCUAAUUACAGGGGAAACACAUCACUGCUCAUUGAUUAUUGCAAGAGUGAUGGCAAACAUAAAUACAUUCAAAUCGAUGUUGGGAAGACGUUCAGGGAACAAGUCCUGCGUUGGUUUACUCUUCACAAGAUUCCUCGAGUUGAUUCUAUAAUUUUGACUCAUGAGCAUGCUGAUGCAGUCCUUGGCUUGGAUGAUAUACGUUCCGUGCAACCAUUUAGUCCUACCAAUGAUAUAGACCCUACUCCAAUUUUCGUAAGCCAGUAUGCUAUGGACAGCCUUGCUGUGAAGUUCCCGUAUUUGGUUCAGAAGAAACUUAAAGAAGGCCAAGAAGUUAGGCGAGUAGCUCAGCUUGAUUGGAGAGUAAUUGAAGAAGAUUGUGAGAAGCCAUUUGUAGCUUCAGACUUAUCAUUCACGCCACUUCCAGUGAUGCAUGGAGAAGACUAUGUCUGUCUUGGUUUCCUUUUUGGUGAAAAAUCAAGAGUGGCGUAUAUAUCCGAUGUAUCACGCUUUCCACCAAACACCGAGUAUGUUAUAUCUAAAUCUGGUGGUGGGCAAUUGGAUCUCCUUAUCUUGGAUACAUUGUAUAAGACAGGAUCCCACAACACCCACUUAUGUUUCCCACAGACACUCGAUACAAUCAAAAGACUGAGUCCGAAAAGGGCUCUUUUAAUUGGAAUGACUCACGAGUUUGAUCACCACAAGGACAACGAGUUUCUUGAAGAAUGGUCUAAAAGGGAAGGGAUUCCAGUAAAACUUGCGCAUGAUGGCUUGAGAGUCCCAAUUGACCUAUGAAGAGGCUGAAUAUCUAAAUCAGAGGAGAAGGAUGCUUGUGUUGGGUCUUCUUGUCCUAAGCUACAGAGAGAGAUGCAGAAGAGAGAAACGGUUUUCUUCAAGAUGCAUUUGCUCACAUGGCUUCAUAUGAACAUUAUCACUAAAGAAAUUUAUGUGUGUGUUAUUCUCUUAAGUUUGGAUUUGUCAUUCGUCAAGUUAUAUAGUUAGGAUCUCUUGACUUAUCAUCAUCUUUUAAUUUUAUUUUUUGUCUCCAGAUAUAUAACAACAAAAGAAAGAAAACAGUUCAUCUAAAGCUACUUUAAG